CCUAGAGCUGCUCGAACCACGUUAUUAUAAUAGCCGCUUUCCAGCUGUGUGCUUCAGGCACGGUGCAGCACAGUGUUCUGUGUCUGAAACGCAAAAGUUAGCAGCUCUCGAAGUGCGGUACGGCUGGAACACGAACACGCGCUUGAAGCAUUUGCGCGCGCAAAAGCUCGAUUGCGUGCUCAAAAGCGUCAGCUGGAAAGCGGCUUAUGUCAAUUUAUUAUGUCAUAUUUCCCACAUAAUUCAACCGCGAAAUAGAACUUUUUAUUGAUUGAUCAAAUUACGGAUUAGAUUAAUCGAUGGAAUCGAUGAUUAAUCGGUUAUAAUUAAUUGUGAUUUCCAUGAAUUGGCUGUGAAAAAAUAAAAACCGUUGAACAUUUUUCUUUGCUUCGUGCGUUGAAACUAUUUAUGUGUGUUUUUUAUGGUUUCUAGUUUUUGUGUGUGAUAUAAUUGAUAAUCUACAUAUUUUAAGAGUGGUGCCACGACAAUGAGUGACUCUCAACAGAAGACCGAGGGUGACCCUCAACAGAAGACCGAGGGUGACCCUCAACAGAAGACCGAGGGUGACCCUCAAGAAACGACCGUACCAGCUGAAAAACCUUCGGACUCUACAACCUCAUUACCAAUGUUGGAAUGUGAAAAACCAACAAAUCUGCUAGUGUCGGCAGCAAUAAGUGCCAGUGCUACGUCUCUGAACAGUGUAGCAUCUUCAAAAGCGAGUGUUGCCACCAAUAAAAGCGGCAUUAGGCCUCCAAGUAAAAUCGGACUUCUGCAUGGAGCUAGGCCUAAAACCCUACAGCCUGCUAUUCCGGCACCGACACCAGCAUCCUCUGUUUCCCCAGUUGCUGGUAGGAAUCACAAAGGGCCUUAUCGAGUUAGUUUAGGAAAUAGACAUUAAACAAUGUGGAUAGGGAUUUUUGUAGAAAGAAUUCAUAAUUUUUCCCAAAAUAUUUCCAGACAAAUAGAAAAUUUCAAAUUUAAAGCUCCUAAGGGUACCCUAGAUCCACCAGUUUUGAUUAUUGGAAAUAAUUUAGGAAAUUACGAGGGACAUUAUAUUCCUGAAACUAAUUUUUGAGAAUUGUUUGUAUUGCGAAUGGUUGAUUGUAAGUUGUAUGCAUUUUGUAUCUAAAAAUUUAUUUUGUUGGCACCUAGAGGUUUAAUACCUCUGUAUGUACCAAGUAUAUUUUUAUUUUUCCACUAUUUACAAUAUAAUAAACACGACCUGUUCUUACAACAAAGGUUUAUCUUAGAGGACAUUGUAUUUUGUAUAGGUUUGUUAAUGUACACUAUUUAUUUAUGGCAACUUAAUCCCAUUUUUCUA